AUGACCACCCUAGACGCCGACAACGUGCAUUCUAUUCGAGACAAUGAUGAUUUUGAGGCCAAGACGCUCUCGGAUUCCUCAUACGCUUGCAGUGCGGCAGCCCAUCCUGCAAGCAGACCUCCACACUACGGUACCUACAUCGGAACGCGUCACACAUCCGUGUUCGGAACUUUCAAGAUGUCCUGUGUCAAUAGAUUGAAGAUGCCGUCUACAGCCCUUCGAAGGGCCAUUGCCCAGAAGGAGCCUGCACGCUCAUUCGGCAGGAAGAUGGCCUACGCCACGAUGGCUGCGAUUAAUGUCCAGUCGCCCGACGUGCCUCCCUCCGAGAGGAGAGUGUCCAAGGGAACAAAUGAGCGACCGCGACAAAGCGCUGUAUUGCACCGGUCACUGAAGUCUCCCCCACCUCAAGUUGUAUCUGCGAAGGGGAAGUAUCUAACCUUCUCUGAUGGCACCGAGAUUCUGGACUCAACGUGCGGGGCUGCCGUUGCUUGCAUCGGCUACCAGAACGAGCGGGUGAAGAAAGCGAUGGUCGACCAGAUCGACAAGUUCUCGUAUUGCAACUCCAUGCUCUUCGGACACGCUAUCGGAGAGGAGCUGGCAGAUGAACUGAUAGCGGGCACCAAAGGUGUAAUGUCAAAGGCAUACGUUAUGUGCUCUGGAUCGGAAGCGAUGGAGUCCGCUAUGAAAAUGGCACGCCAAUACUUUAUGGAACUCAACCCAAAGGAGGAACAGAGAACCAACUUCAUCGCUCGCGAGGGCUCCUACCACGGGACAACACUCGGUGCCUUGGCAAUGAGUGGGCAUGUGGGACGACGACACCUAUUCAAACCCCUGCUUCUGCCAAACGUUCAUCGGGUUUCGGCUUGCAAUGCCUAUCGUGGCAUGAGGGAGGGUCAGACGACGGAAGAGUACGUAGCACAGCUGGCAGCCGAACUUGAUAGAAAGUUCCAAGAAGUAGGCCCAGAUACCGUGUGCGCCUUUGUUGCAGAGCCGGUGGUUGGAGCGACACUGGGAUGUGUUCCUUCGGUCCCCGGCUACUUCAAAGCGAUGAAGCAAGUCUGUGAGAAAUAUGGAGCACUUCUUAUACUCGAUGAGGUGAUGUCCGGUAUGGGUCGAUCUGGCACAUUACAUGCCUGGGAACAGGAGGGUGUGACACCAGAUAUCCAGACUCUUGCCAAAGGCCUUGGUGGAGGUUACGCGUCCGUUGCGGCCAUGAUGAUCAAUCAUCGCGUGGCCGAUGUGCUAACGGCUGGCACUGGAGCUUUCUCCCACGGCCACACCUAUCAAGGGCAUCCAGUGGCUUGUGCUGCGGCCUUGGAGGUCCAGCGCAUUGUCCGGGAGGACAACCUUGUAUCCAAUGUCAAGCAACAGGGAGAGCUACUUGGAAAGCUGUUGCACGAAUAUCUCGACGACCAUCCGUUUGUGGGCAAUGUCCGCGGUAAAGGCCUGUUCUGGGGGAUCGAGUUGGUUUCAGACAAGAAGACGAAAGAGCCAUUCCCGCCCUCUGCUGCGAUCUCCAACGCCAUCUUCCUUAAGGGGUUGAAAGAAUUCGGGAUCAGCGUUUAUCCAGGCCAGGGGACGAAGAAUGGCGUAGAUGGCGAUCACGUUCUGCUGGCACCUGCAUACACAAGCACAACCGAGGAGAUUCAGGACAUUGCGACCAGGAUGAAGCAAACAAUUCAUCAAACGUUUGCUUCGUUGAGUUGA